UAUAAAGCAAUUUCACGAGACAGAAAAGGGGAGCGAGUCGCAAGAUCUAUCGAAGUUUAGUAGCCGGAAGGUUUAAGAGAAGGAAUCGCCUGCAAAAUCUCUCACGCUUUCUUUCUUACUACAACCUUUUCCGGCUCCCAAAUCUCCCUUUAAUCAUGACAACGUCAAAGCGUCUUGCUGUUAGGAAGGUGGACAAAUUUGAGAAGAAUAUCACAAAGAGAGGCGCUGUGCCCGAAACCACCACUAAAAAGGGCAAGGAUUAUCCUGUUGGCCCUGUUCUGCUUGGGUUCUUCGUAUUUGUCGUCAUUGGAUCAUCUCUUUUCCAGAUCAUCAGGACAGCAACAAGCGGAGGGAUGGCAUAAACUAUUAACUUAUAUUGAGAAAUGGCAGUGAAUGGUCGUUAGUGUUAUGUCAUUUAUUUAUCCUUUUAAUGUGUAGGAAAAUAGAUGAUACCUUUAGAAGAACCCGUUUUUACUUGUAUUGUGAUUUGUGAAGUACCUGAAUUUUGAAUAAUAAAAUGAACUUUGUUAUUUAAUCCA